AUGGCCAAUACACUAUCUAACAACCAAAUUGCUAUUCAUAUGUUCUUCGGAGAAAAAUAUGACUAUUGGUCUAUCAAAAUGAAGACCUUUAAAUCUCAAGGCUUGUGGGAGAUUGUCGACGAAGGGUUCACUACUCCUAACGACACUUCUAAACUCUCUCAAUUGGAGAAAGAUAAGUUAGCCAAGAAUAUGGAAAAAGACAACUUGGCACUCGACAACAUUCAGAUGGCUAUGGUGGAUUCAAUUUUUUCAAGAAUUAGCGGUGCUACAAAUGCAAAGGAAGCGUGGGAUACCCUGAAUGGGGAGUUCCAAUGCAAUGCAAAUGUACGAACUACUAAACUUCAAACUCUACGAACAGAUUUGGAGAAUAUGAAAAUGAAGAAUUCGGAGACCGUAAAUGAAUAUUAUUCUCAACUAAGGGAAUUAGUUAAUCAAUUAAGAGCUAAUGGAAAAAAUAUUUCCGAUAAAAGAGUAGUAGAGAAAAUAUUAGUCAGUCUCCCGAAAAAAUAUGAUCCAAUCGUUACAACAACUGAGGAGACAAAUGAUCUCGUCUUUCUCUCUGUCACGGAGUUGGUAGGCUCUCUUGAAGCAUAUGAGAAAAGACUGAGUAGGCGUGAAAGUGAUUCAAUGGAGAAUGUAUUUCAGUCUAAACUUAAAAUUCGGUCUCAAAAUUCAAGAGAUAAGGAAAGAAAAUUUGGAGAAAGUUCUAGAAGUGAAAAUUCUAGAAUUAAAGACAAUUAA